AUGAGCACUCAAUCGCAAGGAAACACCUCCAGCAAUGGCUGGGUGGUGCAAAAAUUCGGCGGUACCAGCGUCGGAAAGUUCCCAGACAAGAUUGCUACGGAUAUUGUCCGGGCGAGUCUCUCAAACAAUAAGGUUGUGGUAGUCUGCUCCGCAAGAAGCACGGGCAAGAAGGUUGAGGGCACCACCAGCCGUCUACUUGGAGUUUACAACAAGCUCAAGGGCAUUGCAGCCGCCACAAAUGAUGAGGACGCUCAGAAUGAACUCAUGAACCAGGCUAAAAGCCUCAUUGAUGACAUCACUAAAGACCAUGUCUCUGCCGUCCAGACCUUCAUCAAGGACCAGGAACUAAAGGCAUCUCUGGAGCAAGAGAUCCGAGAUGAGUGUCAAGAAUUGGUCGAAUACAUCGUCGCUGCGAGGAGAUUUAAUCUCGAGGUCAAUGCGAGAUCUAAGGAUCGCUGUAUCAGCUUCGGAGAGAAGCUCAGUUGCAGAUUCAUGGCUGCACUGUUGAAAGAUUUGGGUGUCGCCGCAGAGUAUGUGGAUCUCAGCGAUACGUUCCACUACGAUGCCACAUCGCAUUUGGAUCACAGCUUCUACCAAGAAGCCGCUACUGUGCUGCGGAAAAAGAUCCUGGCAUGUGAAGACAGAGUGCCCGUCGUCACUGGGUUCUUCGGGAACGUGCCUGGCAGCCUGAUCGACGGCGACAUCGGCCGUGGCUAUACCGACCUUUGCGCGGCGCUGUGUGCAGUUGGUCUCAAGGCUGAUGAGCUUCAGGUGUGGAAGGAGGUUGACGGUAUUUUCACCGCGGAUCCCACAAAGGUCCCUACAGCACGGCUGCUACACUCCAUCACCCCGUCCGAGGCGGCCGAGUUGACGUUCUACGGUUCUGAGGUCAUCCACCACCUCACCAUGGACCAGGUCAUUCAUGCCUCGCCCCCUAUCCCCAUCCGCAUCAAGAACGUCAAAAACCCCCGAGGAGUUGGCACUAUCGUUAUCCCCGACCCUAUUCUUACGGCCGGUCACCAGAUCCAGCGUUCAAAGCCCACGGAUCCCUCAUUGCGACAGAAGCCCAAGAGGCCAACAGCCGUUACCAUCAAGGACAAGAUCUCUGUUAUCAACGUGCACUCCAACAAACGCUCCAUCUCCCAUGGCUUCUUCGCGCGGGUUUUCUCUAUUCUCAACAGCAACCAGAUCUCGGUCGACCUCAUCUCUACGAGUGAGGUGCACGUCUCCAUGGCUAUCCAUGCCGGAAACUCUGAAGCCGGCAACUUUGACAAGGCGCGGCUGGAGUUGGAAGAUUGCGGCGAUGUUAGCGUCCUGCAUGACAUGGCUAUCCUUAGUCUUGUUGGCGCGGAGAUGAAGAACAUGAUUGGUAUUGCCGGUCGUAUGUUCUCCACGCUCGGAGAGCAUAAUGUUAAUUUGGAGAUGAUCUCUCAGGGAGCUAGCGAGAUCAACAUCUCCUGCGUCAUUGAAGCCCGCGAUGCCACACGCGCCAUGAAUAUUCUGCACACAAAUCUGUUUACUUUCCUUGACUAG